CGCCCUUUUGUCGGUGGUGGAAACAACAAAAGGACAAUAAAUAACAAGCCAAACUGGAAUGGGCCACAACACAACAAUUGUCGCUCGCCGCCUUUAGCGGCAUCGAUUUUGAAGGGGAACACAUCCACAACCACAGCCACAUCCACAGCUGAAUCGGAAGGACACCCACGGGGAUUUGCGAGUGCAAGGACCAAGGAGCAGUGAGGGGAAAGCGAAAGAAGAACGAGUCCAGCUCGUUUGCGGAUCCAGUUUUGAUGUCCUCAGACAGACGCUACUUCUUCGGAGUGGAUCUGGAGGACAACGAGGGUGCCAUCUGCAAGGACAGCGCCAACAACAACGAGGCGGAAGUGGAGAAGGACGACCACGACGCGGACGAUUCUGAGUUCCUGCAGGAUGUGCCCUAUUCGUCGAGUAGCAUCGACCGCAGCUCGGUGGGCUCAAUUCCCUGGGCGGACGACGCCAUCAAGAAGAACCUGCUGGACUGGGAGCGGGUGGAGCGGCUGAUGAGCGGGGAGGAUCCUUUGCCGGAGCUCCAGGAGCCGGAGUUGCGCAACGAGAUCGCCGAUUGGCAGCGCAAGUUCCCCAGCCUGCUGGGCCGCAGGACUGCUCUCCGCCACCACAGCUUCGACAGCCAGACGAGGGAGGAUAUCGACUCGAUUUCAAAUCUCAGCCUGAACUCCCUCGACGACGACGAUGAGGAUGAGGAGGCGGAGGACGGCUUCCUCACACCCAAGGCGGAGGAACAGCACCAGCCCCAUCACCGCUCCUAUCUGCGUCCCAGUCAGAAGAAGCUGGUCGAUCUGCUGGACAGAGAUCUGCGAGUCACCUCCGUCUCGGUGAAGCUGCUCAAGCGCCAGCGUAGCCAACAGUACCACCAGCCGCCGAUGCCUAUCUCCUCGGCCACCAACCAAUCCUCGGCCCGCCUGCGCAUGCCGCCCAUACUGAAUGUGCUGGACACUAACCGGCGCUUCCGGGGAUUGCUCAACAACCGCAGCUUCGUCCAGCUCACCCAGGUGCAGCAGAAGGAGCAACUGCAGCAGCAGCAUCAGGCCAAGUCCGCCGUGCUGCCGCACCAGGGCCAUCGCUCGUCCGCUUGGCACAUGCCCAUGGCCGCCAGUCGUUUCUUCAACAACAAGAACGCGGUGGUGCUGCCCUCGCUGAACCUGAGCAGGCACAACAGGGAUCUGCUGGCCACCACCACGGCCACUUCGAGCCAGAGCAACUCGAGCGGCGGCGGCGGGCACAAUAGUCACGGCCACAGCAACAGUUCCUCCAACCGCUCCACAAUGCAUCCGUUCGGCGCAACUAGCGUGUCCAGCAACACACCGUCCACGGGGCGGUCCAUCUCGGCGGCAGUGCAUCAUCCGCGCUCCGAGUUCGCACCGAGCAGUGCCUUCUACAUACCCUACAGUGCCUCGAAAUUCAAAGCCUUCAAGUAACCUCAAACAAUAAAACUGAACUCAAAGGAG